AUGAGCUCGGAUGCAGAGAAGAAGUCUGUAGUUUUGCGCCACAUUUCCGAUGUGGAAGAAAUCGUGAUUGGUUGCAAGUGUUGGGUCGAAAAAGAUGGUAUUGAGAGAUUAGCAGAGAUUCUUUCAGUUAACGGCAGACGUCAGCCAAUCAAGUUUUACGUGCAUUAUGAGGAUUUCAACAAGAGACUCGACGAAUGGGUUGUGGAGCAUAGAAUAGAUUUGAAGCGGGAUGUAUUUUUUCCGCAGGCGGAUGAUGCUAAGGAGACUGAUGGGGAUAAAGCUAGUAAGAAAAAGAAGCAACGGAAAGGCGAUCCUCAAAAGAGCCCGUCGGCGUCUGGGACGCCUGGUGAUCCUCAAAUAAUGGAUUUGGACAAUCUGAAUGUACAAGGAAUCAGAAAUGAUGAAAUUUCACGUGAUGACGAGAUCAAAAAGCUGCGAACUUCAGGUUCGAUGGUUCAAAAUCCACGUGAAAUAGCGAGGGUAAGGAACUUGAACCGAAUCAUCAUGGGCAAACAUGAGAUUGAGCCCUGGUAUUUUUCGCCUUACCCUGUAGAGCUCGCCGACGAAGACGUUGUUUUCAUAGAUGAUUUCACAUUGCAAUAUUUUGGCUCCAAGAAGCAGUACGAGCGGUAUAGAGAGAAAUGCACAUUGCGGCAUCCUCCAGGGAAUGAAAUUUACAGAGACGACUACGUAUCUUUUUUCGAAAUUGAUGGGAGAAAACAGCGGACAUGGUGUCGAAAUUUGUGUCUUUUUUCUAAACUUUUCUUGGAUCACAAAACACUUUACUAUGAUGUUGAUCCUUUCCUCUUCUAUUGCAUGACCAGAAGAGAUGAAUUAGGCCAUCAUUUGGUGGGUUAUUUCUCGAAAGAGAAGGAAUCCGCUGAUGGUUAUAAUGUUGCAUGUAUUUUAGUUUUGCCUCAAUAUCAGAGAAUGGGGUAUGGAAGGCUUUUGAUUGAGUUUUCUUACGAAUUGUCCAAGAAAGAGGGGAAAGCCGGAUCGCCCGAAAAACCUCUUUCUGAUUUGGGUUUACUAUCCUACAGAGCGUACUGGGCUGAUGCGUUGAUCAAACUUUUGAUGAAUCACGGCCCUGAAGUCACAAUCGAUGAAAUCAGCUCCCUCACAUCAAUGACCACUACUGACAUUUUGCAUACAGCAAAGGCGUUGAACAUUCUUCGUUACUAUAAGGGCCAGCACAUAAUUUAUUUGAAUGAGGAGGUUAUACAGCGGCACCAAAAAAUGGUAGAAAAGAAGAAACGGACAAUUGACGCUUCGAGGCUGGUAUGGAAACCCCCAGUUUUUACCGCAUCUCAAUUAAGAUUUGCUUGGUAA